UAUUCAUGCUCUAAUGACAAGGUAUCCACCGACUGUUUAUACUUUCGCAAAGUAUAUCUUUAUCUUAAAAAUAUGUUGGCGUAGUUUUUACAUUCAAAUUAAUUUCUCAACCAUAAAUCCUGUUCCAAUUUCCCCAUCACUUGCAUCAGUACCACAUAAUCAUAAGAAACAAUUUCUCAAACAGUUCAAAAAAUUAAACAAAAAUGGGAGUGGUGAUUAUCGACGGAUCAACAAUUCGAGAUUUCGUCAACGACGAAGCGGCUUUCACAAAGUCAAUUGAUAAGGGAUUUACCGAUUUGGACCUCAAUAACGACGGCGUUUUGUCACGAUCCGAGCUCCGCAAAGCCUUCGAAUCUCUCCAUCUCAUUGAAUCUCACUUCGGCGUCGACGUCGCCGCCACGCCGGAGGAACUCACCGACCUCUACGAUUCCAUUUUCGAGAAGUUCGAUUGCGACCACAACGGCACUGUCGACCGAGAGGAAUUUGGGAACGAGAUGAGGAAAAUUAUGCAGGCGAUCGCUGAUGGACUUGGUUCAUCGCCGAUUCAAAUGGCGCUUGAUGAUAGUGAACAGAGUUUGAUUAAGCAAGCUGCUGAUCUCGAAGCUUCUAAGCUUCCUGCCUAACCGCUUUCGAUUUGUUUUGCAAUAAGUCCCUCUUUUUGUUGUUUAAUUUCAACUUUGACAUCUCCUAAUUUGUUGUUUAUAUAUGCCUUCGAAUAAAAAUGAGUUAUCUAAUAUUUGAUAUUGCGUUUGAGGUAAGACUUCAACCAACUGAUCUAAUUCAACCAGAUCAAUUGUUCAAUGUAUUUCACAUUAUAUGUUGGUCAAUAAUCGUUGGGUCAACUUAAUUUUAGAAUUAAAUUAAAGAGAACAUUUCAAUCU